AUGAAGACUACACAAUUAGACAUCAUUUUUGCCAUCAUUUUGUCACUCUCUGUUUGUGGAACUUACCUUCCACAAAUUAUUUACGUUGCCAAAGAUGGUACAGGCCAAUACAACACAAUUGGAGCUGCUAUUGCAGCCUCUCCCAACUACAGUACUUCCCGAACAUACAUAAAGGUAAAACCCGGGAUUUAUAGAGAAAACAUCGUGGUUCCCGAAAUAAAGACCAUGCUAACCCUCAUAGGGUAUGGCAUGUACAAAACCAUAGUGUCUGGGGAUAGAAGUAAUGGAAGUGGAUUCCAUACGGACAAGACAGCUACUGCAGACAUAUAUGGGCAAAAUUUUCUUGCAGUCGACAUCACAAUUGAAAACACAGCUGGAGCAGCCAACCAGCAGGCCGUGGCACUAAAAAGUGAAGCACAGUCUACUUUCUAUCGGUGUAGGUUCUUGGGAUACCAAGAUACCUUGUAUGCAAAAGCUGGAAUGCAAUUUUACAGAGACUGUGAAAUAUUUGGGACUGUGGACUUCAUUUUUGGAAACGCAGCAGUAGUUUUUCAAAACUGUAGGAUUUUCGCUCUUGAACCACUUCCUGGACAGCUAAACACAAUUACAGCUCAAGGAAGAGAUAAUUCCAAAGAAGAAGUAGGGACAAUCUUUCAUAACUGCACCAUUCUAGGUGCUGUUGACUUACAAGGGUCUGUAAAGACUUACUUUGGAAGACCAUGGAGAUUCUACUCAAGGGUUGUUAUUAUGCAGUCAGAGAUUCAUCCACUUAUUGAUCCACAAGGGUGGAUGAAGUGGGAUGACACUAGUCCUCUGGAUAAACUGUUUUAUGCAGAGUAUGAUAAUAGAGGCACUGGUGCAGAUACCUCUAGGAGAGUCACAUGGCCAGGACGAGUAUUGUUGAAUACUACUGCUCAGGCUAAUUAUUAUACCGUUAGAAAUUUUAUCAGCGGAGAAAAAUGGAUUCCUGCUACAGUUCCACGUUUUCUAGAUUUAAUAUGA